ACCGUAUACAUCGUUGCGCAGUCCGUGCUUUUGCAAUCAGGGGCAUUACGAUGCUACGGUGCUCACGCGCUUCCAGGAACGCGCCCCUGGCCAAUCGCCCUGUGUGGCGUGUGGCCACUGUGCUUAGUGGUGGAAGAAGAAGAUACACGCCGUGCUUAGUCGUCGAAGAAGAGGAAUAUAUACGCCGAAGCAGAACAUUCUGUCUGCUGCCAACAUGGACCAUAGUGGAUCGCCUGGCUCUGUACUUUCUCGGUCAUGGACGCCUGGGUUGUUGAGGAAGCGGUCAGUUGGCAUCCUCUCCAGCCGUCAUCGUGGCCAGACAGAAAUAGAGGGCGGAGCUCACACUUUCUGGAGCUGGCGUUCUAUGCCGUUCUCUCAGACCGCAUUGUCCUAUCUGACAGCGUGGGACCUCGGUUGCGUCAUCGGAACUCUUAUAACCAUCGCCCUCUUCUUUACUGUCCUGUCACGAGUAACCAAAGAGAUUCAUAUUUCUUACGACACAGAAGCUAUUGUUAUCCUGAAGGGAACCAUCAGGGUACAUGGCUCCAUUGUAUUGUUCGGCAAAACAGAGGUGAAGGCAUUCUUGGGUAUCCCGUACGCGGAACAACCGCUUUCCAACUACCGGUUCAGGAAACCCAGUCCGACAUUUCUUCCGGAGGACAUUAAUGCAACGGAAAACCCAGCCUCUUGCACGCAACCGACACAUCCAGAUUCUGGAGUAUUGACGAAAGAGGACUGCCUGACUCUCAAUGUCUGGACUCCGAAGGCUGACUGCGACGAUCCUUUCGGGGAGUGCCAGAACAAAACCGUUCUCCUGUUUCUUCACGGCGGCUUCUUUCAGGUCGGCAGUAACAGUGCUGUCGACCACGAUGGUUUAUACCUGUCGGCUCUGGGGAACGUCGUUGUUGUGGUGCCAAACUAUCGGCUGGGCGCGCUUGGUUUUUUAAACUAUGGCACGGACGAAGCUCCUGGGAACGCUGGGCUCUACGAUCAGCUACAAGCUAUUCUUUGGACAAAAGCAAACAUCGCUGAUUUCGGUGGCGAUCCAACGAGAAUUGUUCUCCUGGGUCACGGAGCAGGGGCGUCGUCAGUAGGGUACCACCUGCCGGCUGCGAUAAAGGAAGCCGGCGUUCAGAGGGCCAUCCUCAUGAGUGGAAGCCCACUCGUGAAAUAUCCCGACAACAAGGCGUCUGCUCGAAGCAAAGCAGAACAGUUAGCCGGCAUUUUUCGGUGUCCGCUCCAACCUAGGACGAUGCUCGCUUGCCUGAGGGAAGUGCCCGCCUCGAACCUCAGUGAUCCCACUGCCUACAGGGAGUCCCCCAUGCCGUUAUUCUUCCCUACUCUUCAGAACUUCAGCCUUCCUUCUGACAUGGGAAGGCAGGUGGAGCAGCAGGACAACCCUCCUACCGGCAUGGACAUCCUGCUAGGCUUUGUAGAGGACGAGGGGACUCUUCUGGUCUCCGCUUUUCUUCAUUAUUUCAAGACAAGUGAUGCUGACCCCGACCUAUUACAAUGCAUUUCCUCCAGCUUGUUAGAGGCCGUCGGCUUCUCAAAAGCCUCUGCAGGGCUAAUCUCUAAUCGUUAUAUUGAGGGAUUCGGUGGAAGUCGAGAGCUCUGGAAGGAGGAGUUGGUUGCUGACAUAUUUGUGACGUGUCCAGUGAUCUACUACGCGGAGCACUUAGCCUCUUUGGGAAACAACGUGUUCACCUAUUUUGUGGGCCGCCUCCGGCCAUCUAAAACGAGCUUCGGGGUGCAGCACUUUUAUGUCAUCCAAAUGCUGUUCGGUUACCAGUUCGUGUACUUCCGUCCCCGAGAAGGACACGCCUUAAGUCACCAGGUCAUCGAUAUCUUCACUGGCUUCGCCAAAGGACAGCGCAGUAACAGAACCAGGAAGAUAUUGGGCGAUGUCUACUUCCUCACGAUCGGGCCACUGCAGGAAGCGUCUGAAGAGUCAGACGGCUUUUACAGCAGGAAGGAUCAGUGCGACUUUUUGAAGGAACACUUCAUGCGGCAAUGAUGCGUAUACGGGCACUGCAACCGUGCAGGAAUACGCGCAACAGAAUGUUUCCUAUUUUCUAUAAUAUAUCGCGUAUAACAAAAUUUAUUAGUCUUGAGUGUCUUGAGUACUAGCGUGCAAGCAAAAUCUCUCGCCAAACACAUGAGUACCUAAACAUUCUGAGCCACUUCCUUUAUUGCGUUCAUUUCUAUGGUAGUUGGCAUAGAUUCACAGCUUAUUAUUAUUUGCUUUGUGAACGAAAGGAUUGAAAUUCACUGCUGCUAUAUACGGAUGAUUUCUUUAUUACUGUACUGUACUGUGCUGUGCUGUGCUGUGGUCAUCAUGAAAAGCGAAUUUGAGUUUUAGAAAGAAAAAAAUAGCCGGAGCCAUCUACAGUCGUUUACUGUUCGCCGUUUUCGUUUGAGCUGUUCGUUCGUGUAUUCGUAUAGUUCGUAUAUUAGGGUGCCCCAAUAAUAGCCCCCCUCUAGUAGCACAGAGGGAGCUAGUAUUCGGGCACCCUAUGCAUUGUGUUUCUGAGGCGCCCUCCGUCGAGAAGUCUAGACACCACUCCCGUUAUCUACUUUCGAGAGCUGGCGCUUGCUGCAGUGGCUACGGCGUGGCACCACCCGCUCGCCGUCCAACACUACACCGGGAAACCGAAACAAGUUACACUGGUGGCGCUGAACCUUUUCCUUAUGCAGAAACCAUUGCCGUAGGAGUUGAUUGUGAUCCUUCCUGACGGUUAUGCAUUCUGAGUUUCGCUUGGACUCAUUGUCUUUGUGAUUGGACUUUUCGGUGCGACU